AUGAGUAUAACAGACAGUGCAGAAAUGAAAAAGGAUAAGAAAGAUUUGACCCAGGUCAAGGCGGGUGAGAUAAACGUACGGGAUUCAUUUUCCUCCGACAGCUCAAACAGAGGAGAAGUCAUCGUUGUCGAUGAACAUGCUGUUGGAGCUGAUCUUUUCCGUCAGGUGCUUGACGGUGAAGUUGAAGCUGACGAUAAGGACUAUGCACCAAUUAGACGCAAAAUCGAUCGUUGGCUGCUGCCGCUGCUUUGCGUAACCUACAUGCUGCAGUUUCUUGACAAAUUGUCGCUCAAUUAUGCGUCUGCGUAUUCGCUAGCUAAAGAUUUGCACCUAAAGGGCAACGACUACUCGAACAUUGCAGCAAUUUUCAAUGUGGGGUAUCUCAUUGGUUCUAUCCCGGGCAACUGGCUGGUUCAGAAGCUACCGGUGGCCAAAUUCACGGGAUGCACACUUGUGCUUUGGGCUAUUUUGCUCAUUGCUCACGUUGGCGCGACUAACUACCAUACAAUGAUGGCAUUGAGGUUUCUAUUGGGGUUUUUGGAGGCUGCAAUUUCACCUUCCUGUAUGAUUAUCUGUUCCAUGUUUUACAGUAAGCAAGAACAGCCCUUCAGAAUGUGUACCUUCUUGAGUAUGAACGGUGUCGCAACCAUGGUGGGCGCUCUUUUGGCUUACGGAUUGGGUCACGCAACCAAUGCGUCACUCAAGCCUUGGAAGCUAAUUUUCCUAGUCGUCGGUGUGAUGAAUCUAGCAUGGAGUUUGGUCUUUUUGUAUUUGGCUCCUGAUUCUCCAUCAAAUGCUCGCUUCUUGACCCACGACGAAAAAUUGAAGGUUGUUCAGCGUGUUUCCACCAAUAAAAUGGGUAUAAAGGACACGGAGCUCAAACCCAAGCAGGCCAUCGAGGCUUUGAGGGAUCUCAACUGCUGGAUUAUGGCGUUAAUCGGUCUUGGCUGCGGUGUCAUCAACGGUGGUGUUUCCAACUUCAUUUCCACUCUGAUUAAGGGAUUUGGGUUUACCGGACUAAGUGCGAUUUUGCUUCAGCUCCCAACCGGUGCUAUCGAACUUGUAUGCGUAUUUGCUGCCGGCGUCGUAGCUCUUUACACCAAGAAGAACAUCAGAAUUAUACUGCUCUUCCUUCUGUGCGUGCCAACCCUGGCUGGUCUAGUUGGCAUUCAUUUGAUUCCCUUGACACACAAGUGGGCGCUGGUCGGCUGCUGCUGGUUGAUGUACAUUAUCGGAGGACCCGUUAUCAUGUGCUGGAUCUUGAUGAACGUCACGAUUGCGGGCUCUUCCAAGAUCUCCACUGCCAAAAUUAUGUGGUUCGUACUGUACACUGCCGGAAACAUUAUCGGCUCUAAGAUCUUCUACGCAAAAGAAGCUCCCAGAUACAUCACAGGUAUGAAAGGGCUAAUUUCGUCCUAUGCUUGUAUGAUGUUUCUGUGCGUGGUCUACUACAUCAUGAUGGUUUACAGAAACAAGUCUAGGGACCGCAAAUAUGGCGUGUUGACCCCGGAGUCGGAACAGCAAGGUAUUAUCGAUGGUUUCAAGGACUUGACCGAUUUCGAGAACAAGAAUUUCAGAUAUACCUUCUGA